AUGGGGGAUCCAGGCGAGCCGUUUUCGCUCGACUUGCACGGGUCGGGCGCGUCCGCGCUGCGCGCCGUCGUGCGCGACAAGCUCGCUGAUUUCUCCGAGAGCUUCACCGACGACGUCCUCGCGGAGUACGUGGUGGUGCUGGUGGCGCACGGCAAGCCCAAGAGCCACGCCGCCGAGGAUCUCGAGGCGUUUCUGGGCGACCAAACCGCCGCCUUUGUCGACUGGCUGUGGCUUCACCUGUCUGCCAACAUUGGGAAAUACAACGCGCCCGCUGCCCCAGAUACCGCAGGUGCAGGGAAGGAUGGGAGAGAAGCGUUUGCAAAGGAGGAGGAGAAGCGGGCCGAGGGGACGCGAGACGAGGGACGAAGGAGGGAGGUUGUUGAAGUGAGGGAGGAUGGCGGCAGGGUGUGGGAGGAGAAGGGGAGGGAGGAGGAGAGGGGACGAGAUGGGAGGGCGAGAGAAGAGAGGGGGAGAGAGGAGAGAGGGAGGGAAGAGAGGGGGAGAGAGGAGAGAGGGAGGGAAGAGAGGGGGGGAGAAGUGAGAGGGCGGAGCAGGGAGAGGAGUGGUGAGCGAGGCAGGGAGAGAGGGGGAGAAAGAGGAGUGAGUGGAGAGAGGGAGGGAGGCUGGAGCAAGGAGCGGGAGAAGGAAAGGGACGGAGAGAGGAGGAGCCUGGAUGGAAGAACAGACUCAUGGAAGGGCAAGAGAGGAAGGGAUGGGGUUGUUAGUGGGCGUGAGGAAGUAAGAGGGAGGGGGUAUGAGGAAAGAGGGAGAGGGUAUGAGGAGAGAGGUAGAGGGUAUGAGGAGAGGGGGAGGGGAGACGAGGAGAGAGGGAGGGGUUAUGAGGAGAGAGGGAGGGGAUAUGAGAAGAGAGGGCGGCUUUAUAUGGACGAGGUACGAGGGGCGGAAGGCGAGGAGGAGGGGGGAGAUGAGAGGAGAACGGCGAGGGGGGCGGAGAGGGAUGUGUGGGCGCGUCGGGGUGGGUCUAGAUCUUGGUCUCCCCCAGGAAAGCGGGAGGAGAAGGAGCAGCGGAGGGAGGAGAGGGGAGAGGAGGGCGCUAGGAGGAUGGAGGAGAUGAGGGAUGGGGGAUUGGAUAGGGAGGAGGCAAGGGGUGGAGAACUGGGAAGGGCGGUUAAGAGGCGGGUGUCAGGGGAAGGGGGCGGUGAGGAGUGGCAGGGGAGGCAUGAAGGGGAGAAGCAGGGGGGGGGAGGGGGGGGCGGGAGAGGCCUGGGCGAAGGGGCGCGGAGGCGGGCCACUGUGGACGGGGGGAGGGCGGAUGGGGGAGAGAGAGCGGUGGUGCGGAGACGGACAGAGGGAGAAGUGGGGGCGGAGGGGGCGGAGGGAGCAGCGGGAGCAGGACUGGAGGGUAGCGAGGAGGCUGUGAGGAGGAAAGGGCGUGGGGCGUUUGCUCUGGUGGCCGCGAGUGAGAGGCGGCUGGAGGGCGAGGAGGAGGAGAGGUGGCAGGGCGAGGAGGGGGUGGAAGUAGGGGGGGAGGAGCAAGAGGGAGGGGAAAGUGUGGAGAGAAGGGAUGGGAGGGGCUUGGAUGGGGCACAUAGAGGGGCGGCAAGAGGGCAGGUUGCUGGGAAGAGAGGGCGGCAAGUGGGCGGGGGAGCCAGGGGAAUGGGCGGCAGGCUGUGGCAGUUUGCGGUUAGAGAUGCUGUGAAGCCUGCGAGGGAGGUGAGGACUCCUGCUCACUACCAUGCUGCUGCUGUUGCUGCACCUCCUGCUGCCGCUGUUGCCGCUGCAAGUGGUAAUGGUGGGCAGCAGGAGGAGGCGGGAAGGGGAGUGGAAGUGAGGGCGACGAGGGAAGUAAGGCGAAUCGUCGUGUCUGCCCCCAGCCGCUCUGCCAUUCAAAGUGCUCCUCACCUCGUUGCUCCCCCUGCUGCCUCCGAUGGUGCCUCUCCUGGUGCUGUGAAGGGCGCUGCUAGAGCAGCUAGUGAGGAGGAGCGAGUGGCAAGGGCAGAGGAGAGAAGGGAAUGGGGGAGAGGAGAGGAGAGAGGAGUGGAGAGAGAAGAGAAGCGGGAAAAGGAUAGAGGAGAGGAGAGAGAAGAGGAGGGGGGAGAAGAGGAGGGACUGGAGGAGGAGGAGGGGCGUGGGGCGCGGAAACGGUUGCGAUCAGUGGUGGUGUCUCUCCCUGCUGAUGCCCCUCGUCGGAUCAAGGCAGUGCGGAGGCAGGAGAGGGAGGGGAGGGAGGGGAGGGAGGGGAGGGAGGGGAGGGAGGGGAGGGAGGGGAGUGGGGGAGAGGAGGCAGAGGAAAGGGCGAGAGUGGAUUCAAGAGCAGGGGGAGGGGGGAGAGGAGAGGAAGAUGCGGAGGGGAACGAGGGGGCGGAGAAGGAGGGUGGUAAAGGGAGUGUGUGGGCGAGGCUGGGCAAACGAUGUGUGCAGAGGGGUGGAGAUGGGCGGAUAGUGGUGCAGAGGCAAGCGGAGCUUGGGGAAGAGUAUGGGGAGGAGUUUGGGGGAGGGUAUGAGGAAGGGUUUAUGGGUGGGUAUGCGGGAGGGUAUGGGGGAGAGUAUGGGGAAGGAUACGGGGGAGAGUAUAUGGAGGGGUUGAGAGGAGUUGAGCAGGGUGUGUGGAGAGAGGGAGUAGAGGGGUGGGGCGAUGGGAGAGGAGGGGAGGGAGGGGGGAUGCGAGUGAGGUUUGGAGGAGAGGGGGAAGAGGACGAGGAGGACGAGGAGGAAGAGGAGGAGGGGGUUGAGGGCGUGGGUGGGGAGAUGCAGGGAGUGAAGGGAGCAGUGAAGAGAGGAGGAGGAGGAGGAAGCAGGGAGCGAGGCGUGAGGAGGAUCUUUGUGCGGGAGGAUUUGAUUCAAAGGGGUGUGCUUGUGAAUGGCAUGGGGAUAGGCAUGGGUAUGAGUGCGGGGAUGGGGAUGGGGUUGGCCGGGCAGAAUGUAGCUAGCAUGGGGGCCGGGCAGGGGAGGGGGGGACAAGGCAGCAUGGGGCGGGGGAGGGGAAGUAUGACUUGGGUGGCGAAGAGGGAAGAGAAGGAGAAGGAGGUGAAGGGUGAGGAGAAGGAGAAGGAGAGUAAAGUCAGCCCAGUGGCUCAGAAGCAGGAGAGUGUGGAGGCCAUGCGGCAGAGGCUGCAAAAAAUGCAGGAGGAGAUGAGAAGGAUGAAGGCGCUGCAGGAGAAGGCUGUUGCUGCUAAAGCUAGUUCAGCAACGAGUAAUGCUGAUGCUCCACCAACAGAAGCAGCUCACCCCAACGGCACGUUGUCAACCUCACCGCACGCCACCGCACUGCACGCCCACGCACCCACGCCUUUCUCCCUCGUGCGCAAGUCUCCCUCCACAGGGGACACUGACGAUCGCUCUGUGCUCGUUUCAAAUGUGCAUUUCGCAGCAACGGUGGCGGCACUCACGCUCCACUUUGCAGCGUGUGGGGAGAUUCGUCGAGUCACCAUGCUCACUCACCCUCUCACCGGCCGCCCAAAAGGAUGUGCUUAUAUCGAGUUUGCCACUAAGGAAGCGGUUGACAAGGCCCUUGCACUCAACGACGCUUCAUUUAUGUCACGCCCGCUCAAGAUAAUCCACAAGCCACACGCGGCAGUGGAGGCACUCCCCUCUGCAGCAGCGCCCACACCACCCAUCAGUACUCCCACCCACCCCGCUCGCCCGCUCCUCACGCCCACCAAGCUCCCCUCCCCUGCUCCGGGCACCACCCCCACCAAGCUCCCCACCCCUGCUCCGGUCACCAGCUUCACAGCCCUCGCCUCCCCCUCUGCACGUUUCGUGCCUGUUAAGGCCCCAGGUGUGGGUGUGAAAGCACAAGCUGCCCGCCGGCCCUCUGCCAGAGGUAGCAUGCAGUGGCGGAGACAACCUGAGGCCGCUGCUGCUGCUGCUGCUGCUGCUGCUGCUGCUGCUUCUGCUCCUGCUGCUGCUGCUGCUGCUGCUGCUGCUGCUGCUGCUGCUGCUGCUGCUGCUGCUGCUGCUGCUGCUGCUCCUGAAACUGUGCCUGAUGCUGCACCAAAAGCAGCACCUAGCUCUGCACCUGCGGCGGCAGCAGCAGCAGCUGCUGCUAAAGCUGGCAAGAUCAAGGGGUGA